AUGUCCAGGCUGGCACAGCCCAAUAGUAGUAGGAUCAAACCUCGCGGGCGCACUCGACGUGCGUUGGUUGUCUUGGCGACGGCGCUGGGACUGUUGCUGUGGAUACUUGUGGCACUGCGGCUACAGUACGGGGGUGACGGUGCCACCGCCGAGACGCCGGUGGAAACAUCAUUGACCCCGGCAGCACGGAGCCGAGUCCCAACUGCUGCCUUUUCUACUACUGCUACUAUUUCUGCCGGUAGUGGGAAAUCCUAUCCCAUGUUUCUAACGGGGAAUAUGGCGCGUGCAGUCAAUUCAAUUGUUCUUCCCUAUCGCUAUCCUAUGCACCGCCACCUACCCACCAAUCGGUCUGCUGUUGCUGCGGCGAUUCAGGAGAAACAGGUGCGCCGUCAAGCAGGCUGCUGGGCGACCGCCCACGCGUCACCCCUCUUCCCAGCACCGACAACCCACGCAUCAGCGACACUUCGCUCUGUGCGCCUUGAGGCAGCCGAUGUGAUGCUGCAGCAAGAGUACUUUUUGCGCGUCAAACGCCGACAGACACUCUAG